GGAAGAGGAGCAGAGUUUACUGUGUGCUCAGAGCUCCGCAGACAGGAAUCACCCGCACCGAGAGCUCUACCUGCUGCUCUCAGUCCGUGGAUCUUACGACCAAACUAGAAGCGUGUCUUUAUUUUCGGUGGAUGUCUGGAGUCAGUCUGUAGGUCUCCAGUGUUUUGAUGCCACAUUCCUGAAGUUUGUGAGGAACUCUGAGGACUGGCCGGGCAGCAGACAGCGAGGCAGCCAGAGAUCAGAGCCUUCAUCCCCUUCGUGCUGUUCGCCUGAGCCCGGAUAAAGACGAGGACGUUUGCUUUGAUAUGGAUUUUCUGUGCUGGAGAGGAAGGCAGAGGGAGCUGAUCUGAGGUCAAGGCCUUUCUCCUCUCCCUCCCUGAGUCACAUGUCUGCCUGAAGCUCAACCACCGUUGCUGCUAUCGCUACACUGACCGACCUAAAUACUUGUUUACUCGCUGGAAGAAGAAACGCAGAUUGGAUAACUGAGCUGGGAGCAGAGAAAGAGCCGAGAGAGCUUCUUAUCAACUCGACACUGUGUUUGCUUUCAGCUGAACUUCUGCUGUUGCCCAAUCCUCCUGAGGAGCCUCCAUCAAAAUGCCUGCAAAGACGCCCAUGUACCUAAAAACUACAACUCCCAAGAAGGGAAAGAAGCUGAAGCUCCGGGACGUCCUCUCAGGUGACAUGAUCAGCCCCCCGCUGGGCGACGUGCGUCACAGCGCACACGUGGGGCCCGAAGGCGAGGGCGACAUGUUUGGAGACGUGGGCUUCCUGCAGGGUAAGAUGGACAUGCUGCCGUCCAUGAGCCGGACGCAGAACGGCCACUCGCGCUCGCACAGCAUGGAGAGACACCUGGACGACGGCCUCACCGAGAAGGAGGACGCGCACAGCUACGCCUAUAACGGCUUCCAUUACCAGCACUCGUCCAGCGGCCUGCUGAAGAACACCAUCUCCAUGCCUGUCUUCAUCGCCCACGAACAGGCUCCGCCCAAACCGCCACGCCUCCACCUGGACGACCCCUCCCACAACCAUCAGCACCCUCCCGGGGCGAGCCUCAAACAGGCUGAUGGCUGCGAGCAGCGCCAGCAGCACCCGACCCUGUCCCUGUGUGAGAACGGCGUGGUGGGCCGCCUGGCAUCAGAGCCCUGCCGCGACAUCUCCCUCUCCCCCGCCAUCCGCGGGCUCGUCCCCUCCUCCGGCUCCUUCUCGGAGGGCUCUUCCGAGGACUCACUGUCAGAGACCUGCGGCUCGCUGGACGUUCGCCGCGGCCUCAGCCUGGACUCCGACGCCUGCCUGAGCAACGAGGAUCUGAGGAGCGAACGCAGCGAGUCGCCCUGCGCCGUCUUCCACCCCGCCGGCCUCACGGCGCCCUCCGGCGUGUCGCGGUCCGACUCCAUGGCGGGGUUAAACCUGGAUCUGGGCCCGUCCAUCCUGGAGGACGUGUUGAGUAUCAUGGACCGCUACAAAACCGAGGACAACCGCUGUGAGCUGUGAAGGAGAUUAAUGAGACAUACAGAUAUUUUUAUACAUGGUUUAAUAUAUAUCCUUAAAAAGAGACCGAAGGCGACAAAACAUUUUUCUUCUGCGGCUCCUGAGAGAGUCUGAUGGUGAUGGAAGACUACAGAGUGUGGAUGUUAUUCUGAAAUGCCUUCAUGAAAGCUGAACCUCGGGCACACAAACACUUAAACUGUAACACGGGGUUGCCAAAGGUCACACUCACACCGACAGUCUCACAAUGCCCAAACGGAUCUACAGACCCGCCUUUAUUUAAGAAACAGGGUUAAUAGUUCAGAGCCAAAAACAGGUCCAUACACAUGAUGUUGCUUCCAGCUGAUGGUGGAAGUCUUUCCUGUGACUUUACCCGCAGCUUCAUAAAGAUCCAUGUGAGAGUCCCCAAAGUGGAAGAGCUGCACAUAUUUACCCUCAUGGUCCAACAUCGCUGACUUCAUUAAUCAUUUAUAACAUUAACUAUCCCAGAAUUACUAAAACAGAUGAUUUUCUUUAAACCAGGUGUCCCACCUUACCUUUUGUCCCCCUGUCCCACAUCCCGAGACAGUGUCCCACAUUUUUAGUUGGCUCUAUUUUAGAAAAGUAAAACAUGUGACUCAACAAGAGAUGUGCUGAUCCAGAUGUUUUUUUGCAAUACAGAAGUGUCCAAAAACCGCUGGUGACUAAACCAACUUCAGCUUCCAUUUGUGCUUUCAGAGGAAAUGCAGGAUAUUUGUCGCUCAUCUGUAAGCCGCAUCAUUUUUGUGUGUUUAAUUGUCUCACAAAAACAUCCUCACCCUGAUCUCAGUCCAGCUGACAGCUGAAAGUUCAGCCCCGCUCUCAGUUAAUCAGUAACAUCAGCACAGCUCCGUUUAAUCUGCCUGCUAAUCUGACUGCUUCCCAGGAUUUCUGUUCACGUUUCUGCUUGUUAACGGUUAACAGAGUCAGAUACACUCAUCUCCAGACCGGCCCGGGAAAAUGGGAGGAAUCUCCAGCUGCACAGCUACUAAUUCUUUCAGGAUGUACAUGUUUUUAUGCAGCAGAGUUCAUAUUACAUACAUAGACUAAGCUACGAACUGCUAAUACCAAUAGUUUAAUGCGGCAGGUUAUAUUCUUCAUUUUUGGCUUCCUCCGGUGUGUUUCGGGGCUAAAAUGCUGAUGUUCUCAGUCUUUUAGACCCGCUCUUCAACUUUACUGUCGUUCUCUAACAGAUGUCUGUCUCACAUUUAACCAACAUUUCAACUGCCAGACUUGAUCUUUUUCAUCAGAGAGAAGCCGGUGAUGCUUAAUGUUGCUGUUUAAAGAGCUUUAAGUGUAAGAAUAAGAAAAAGUGCUGCUUUGUUGAUCAGUUUUCAGAUAUGUGUCUCUCUCCAUGCUGCGUCUCACUCUCUGCCGUUCACUGUCUGCAUGAUCACAGUAGCCUCUUAUUCAGAUGCCAUCUAUGAUGUAUGAUUCCUCUGUAAGCGUACGAAUAAAAUGUUUCUUACUGCAAAAACCUUGUGGUCG